AUGACCAUUCUCCGCCAUCCUCUCCGGUUUCUCUUCAAACCACGGUUCCUCUACUUCCAAUCUCCCUCCGGGCAGUCCAGUCGACCGUUUUCUACCUCUCAGAUACUCCGCACUGCUCUCGACAUGCCGCCGCCGCCAGUUGACACGACCCAGCGUCUCGCAAAGCUGCGAGAGCUGAUGGCUCAGAACAAGGUCGAUGUAUAUACUUUCAUAUCCAGCUUCACUGGCUCCGCGGGAUGUGCUAUCGUCUCCAUGAGUAAAGCUGCUCUGUCUACGGACGGCAGAUACUUCAGUCAAGCUGCAAAGCAACUCGAUUCCAACUGGACUCUGUUGAAGCGAGGCGUCGAGGGUGUCCCAACCUGGGAAGAAUGGACUGCUGAGCAGGCUGAGAACGGCAAAGUUGUUGGCGUUGAUCCGUCACUCAUCACAGCAGCCGAUGCCAGAAAGCUGUCUCAGACGUUGAAGACCACCGGAGGUUCCUUGAUUGGAAUUGACCAGAACUUGAUCGAUGCCGUCUGGGGUGAUGAACGUCCUGCACGACCUUCCAACCAGAUUACUGUACAGCCUGUCGAGCGUGCAGGAAAGUCAUUCGAAGAGAAGGUAGAAGACCUACGAAAGGAAUUGGCCGCAAAGAAGAGAUCUGCUAUGGUGAUAUCCACCUUGGAUGAGAUUGCAUGGCUCUUCAACCUCCGUGGAAGCGAUAUUCCAUACAACCCCGUCUUCUUCUCAUAUGCAAUCGUGACUCCCUCCGUGGCAGAACUCUACGUAGACGAGAACAAGCUGUCUCCAGAAGCCAGAAAACACCUCGAAGGCAAGGUCGUUCUCAAGCCAUACGAGAGCAUCUUCCAAGCUUCCAAAGCCCUCGCCGAAUCAAAGGCAUCGGCUAGCAGCGGUUCCGGUGGAAAAUUCCUGUUGUCCAACAAGGCUUCCUGGUCCGUGAGCCUUGCCCUCGGAGGAGAGCAGAACGUUGUCGAGGUUCGAAGCCCCAUAACCGACGCCAAGGCCAUCAAAAACGAGGUUGAACUUGAAGGCUUCAGGAAAUGCCACAUUCGUGACGGCGCAGCUUUGAUCGAGUACUUCGCCUGGCUUGAAAAUGCCCUGAUCAAAGAAGGUGCCAAGCUGGAUGAGGUAGAUGGAGCCAACAAGCUCUUUGAGAUUCGCAAGAAGUAUGACCACUUCGUCGGCAACUCCUUUGACACCAUCUCUUCGACCGGCGCCAACGGUGCUACAAUUCACUACAAGCCUGAGAAGUCCACAUGUGCUGUAAUUGACCCGAAGGCCAUGUACUUGUGUGACUCUGGCGGCCAAUACCUCGAUGGUACCACUGACACUACCCGAACUCUUCACUUCGGAGAGCCCACCGAGUUCCAGAAGAAGGCUUAUGCACUUGUUCUCAAGGGACACAUUAGCAUUGACAAUGCCAUUUUCCCCAAGGGAACCACCGGAUAUGCCAUUGACUCCUUUGCUCGACAGCACUUGUGGAAGGAAGGUCUGGAUUACCUCCACGGAACCGGCCACGGCGUUGGGUCAUUCUUGAACGUCCACGAGGGACCUAUGGGCAUCGGAAGCCGAGCUCAGUAUGCUGAAGUCCCACUCUCCGCCAGCAACGUUCUCUCCAACGAACCCGGAUAUUAUGAGGACGGCAACUUCGGUAUCCGUCUCGAGAACCUUGUGAUCUGCAAGGAAGUCAAGACUCCACACAAAUUCGGUGACAAGCCUUUCCUCGGAUUUGAGUACAUCACCUUGGUUCCUUUCUGCCAGAAACUUCUUGAUGCUUCUCUCCUGACUGAAGCUGAGAGGAAAUGGGUGAACGACUACCAUGCGAAAGUCUGGGAGAAGACCAGUCCUUUCUUCGAGAAGGAUGAGUUGACGACCAACUGGCUAAAGCGCGAGACCCAGCCCAUUUAA